AUGGCCGAUAAAACUGUUGAUGAAAUAGAGUCUGAGUUUCGUGACAGUUUAUUGCAUAAUCACGACCGAGCUUCGCGCGAGGAAUUAAACCAAGAUGCUGAACCGCAGCAACAAUCUAUCAAACGUGUCAGGGUAUUAAUAGAAAAAGGUAAGGAGUAUCGUAAGGACCUAAUGCAAAGAGAACUUACUCGAACCUUUAAACUUUGGCGAAAGGAACUCGAAAAUGCUGAGUCAGCACUUGCAGAUACAUCAGAUAUCUCAAUUUUACAGCAAAGGCGAAAUGCCUUAGAAGCAGGCAUGAGCAGUUUAACCGUAGCUCAUGACAAUUUAGUCAAUCUCUUGAGUACAGCUGAAAUAGACAAAUUGACAAAGCGUUAUGAUGCAUGGUACAUAGAACACAGAGAAAUAUUUAAGGCGCUUAACAGUAAAAUCUUAGAAACCUGUAGCGAACGAGACAAACACAGUUCCAUUAUCUCAGGCCAGUCUUCUGUCGCGAAAAGGGCUGAGAUGUUAACAAAGGCUGCUAGACUAGAGACUGAACUUAAGUUUCUUAAAAUUGAACAAGAGAAGGCAGCAGAAUUUUAA